AUCAGGCAAAAACACCCAUGCCCCAUACACGGACUAGCAACAAAAAUGGAGUAUUGUUGUGCUAACUUGCGCGUUAGCGAGCUAUAACGUGUAAUUGGUUAUUCGAUGCAACAAAAUUUCAUUAACUGCGACAUCGAAUAAUAUUUAUCAAAUAAUAGUUAUAUACUGGAUAGUUUCAUAGUAUGUUUCAAUUGGGGGAAAAUGUGGUUUCGUAGAAAUACGGUCUAUCUAGUAGGUAACGUUACCGCGGUUUGCCAGCUAGCUGUAUAGCUAAUAACAAGAUUGGCUAUCUAGUUGGCUAGUUAUCCUUAACUGGUGGCCUCAAAGCGUAAGUUAGCUUCCUAUAUUAUGAUAACCUGGUAGUGAUACACGUUCAUUGUAUCUUUUGAUAUCUUGAAUAUUUAAGUGACCCAAUAUAUAAGUGAACGCUGAACAUCGCGUUUCGCUAGCUAAAUUAGCUAGCUAGCUACGCAGGGUUUUCUUGUUGCUAGCAGAUUUUGUUCACACGCAUCAGCUGACAUUAGCUAACUAACUACUAUUGGCUCUGUUGUCUUUCGGGGGUGGUCAAGUCGUCAUGGAUAAGGCCGACUUUUUAAAAGGAUUACCAGUCUACAACAAAAGCAAUUUCAGCAGAUUUCACACAGACUCUGUAUGUAAAGCUUCAAAUCGGCGACCAUCUGUCUAUCUUCCAACACGGGAGUAUCCAUCAGAACAAAUCAUUGUCACAGAGAAGACAAAUAUCCUAUUGAGAUACCUUCAUCAACAGUGGGACAAAAAGAAUGCAGCCAAAAAGCGGGAGCAGGAACAAGCAGAGGGGGAGAACACUGCACCCCCACGGAAAAUUGCCAGAACAGACAGUCGGGAGUUGAACGAGGACUCGUAGAGUGCUGUGUCAGCAACAUGAGCACUUGUGUACGCACACACAAACACACACACACACACACAUACACACGCUGUGGAUAAAGAAGCACAUAGGCAAAGUUGCAUUUGACAGACAGGAUAGACCACUGCCUACAUCAUCCAACAUGAUUUUGGGAGUUUGACAGUUUUUGUCUUUGUAUUUUGUAUUUCCUUCGAUUUUCUUUUCCCCCCUUAACUGUCCCUUGAUUUCCGCAUAGGUGAAAAGCUCUGCUUUGAUUGGCGAAAGGCAUAAUAGCAUCUCCCCCUUCUGUUUAUCCCAUGGUUUUACGUGAGGAACACUUUCAUUGCUCUGUUUGCUUACAUUAGUUUACUUGUACUUCAUGUGUACUUUGACCUGCAUGUUUUAAAGUCAUUUCCAUUUAAUCAAUUAAGUUGCAUGCCAUUUAUAUACAUCCUUCUGGGUUUGUAAGGAAUUGAAUAUGCUUCACAGUCUCUGUUUUGUUUUGAGAUGUAUCUGAUGACAAAGGAGGUAUACUGUACCACUGAAGGAUGGCGGUGAGAUCCCUAACAAUUAUUACAGGGACUCGAGAAACAAAGGCUGCGUAUAGACUCUAGCUUAAAUUAGUCUCAGGUUGUUCCAAGGAAUGUGGUCUCAAAUAACUGUAUUCCUGAAAGUGUUGAUGUCUCCUGGUUUGAGUAAAGGAUUGCCUUAAGGGAAAUGUUUAUUGAUAUAAUUUCUUUAGGACUGUCCCUCUGUUUACAUUGUGCUGUUCUAGGAGGAUGUGCACACUGGUUUAGUUAGUGGACUGUCAGUGUGGAUAUGGAGAAUGCUCUGCAGUAAUAUUUGGGGAUCAUUGAACGGCAUGCCAGACGCAAACCAAACUUUGUAGCAAUAUGUAGGUCUAACUCUAGUGUGCAAAAACCUGUUCCCCCCCCAGGUCUGCUAGCAUCUAGCGCUAGCAUCUAGAUUGCCAGAUUUGGUGUCUUGAUUCAGGAAUGGAUCUCUGCAUAGUGUAUGAACUAGUAGUCAUAGAAACAGAACAGCUAUCAAGACAACGGCUCAAGUGAUUUGAUGGCUCCCCUAGUAAAAUCAAACAGCGAUGGCAGGGGCAUAGAAUUGGGGGGGGGGGGGGCGGCCCCAGUACUACAAACAGGUCAAUGUUGCCCCCCUGGAAAAGAGUGAAACCUACGCCUUUGGCGGUUGGACGUGGAGCCAGAUGGCCGACUGGGGUUUAAUCUGAAGAAUAAUGUGGUUCCAAUCCCCACAGGGAGAGGAAGCCCUGUGGCCAGGAAACGGUAGUCUAUGGAGUUAAAUGUAUGGGUCUGAAAUUCUGCCGAGUUUCCUCAUUUAUAAAACAUUUAUAAAACUUAGUAUCUUUUUCUGUUUCCAAAGCAGGAAUGAACUUUUAUUACACUUGGACAAAAACAAAAAAAAAUUCAGUGUAUGUGUUUCCCAACAAAAACAUGUUAGAAUGCACUGGUGUUACCCAAUAGUGUCUUGCUAGCUUGGCUCAGCUCACUCUUAGGUUCUGUCCACUUGGCUUCAAUAGCCUCUCAUUGGAAAAGAUGUAGCUGUAUAAAAAAAAAAAAAACUUUGAAAGUUGUAACCUGCCGUAAUUGAUUUGUGUGAACCUAUACCCUUGUCUUGCUAAAAGGACCUUAUUCAAUAUGUUGGGUGAAUGUGCCUCUGGCAUUUAGGACCAUGUCUCAAAGUGGUUGGCUGUAAGUCAUGAUCUUAAACUGUUAAUGUGGAUCAUUGUACAUACACAAACUGGGAGUGUUCCUGAUCUCUAUAUCCCUCUGCUGCUAUUUAUAAAGAGCUGGUAUUAUCUAGUUGUGAAUCCUGUUUAAAACUUUGGGUUAUAACAUUUGUUUAUACAUGGUUUGAUUCCUCAGACCGUUAUCAGGUAAUGGUGCCAGUACUCGCAGGGCUCUGAACCUUUGGAUUGUUUUAUCCUACCUGAAACAGCCACACCCAGUCGUUUGAAUGCAUGUACAAUAUAAAUUCUGCAGCCAUAUGUUUUAGGUGGUGUUGGCUUGUCUUGAGGCUGGCUGACUAUCAGCUUCUGUUAUUUUCCUCAGUGAUGCUAGUUGUCUACACGUGUUAAUGUUGAGAGUUCUUUCCACAGGUAGACAAGUGCUUUUUUUUUUUUUUUUUAUGAAGUAUGAUGACACUCAUUCAGUUCUCCUCAUCAGUAAACUCAGUUGACCUGAAUAGACAUGGUGUGCUGUGAAUGAAAUUGCACAUGGGGCCACGCUAUAUGAAAACACUUGUCUUGGGACCUUAUUUCCUUUCAUUGAAAUGUUGGACAUAUUUGCCCUGGAAAUUGAGGUCAUAGGUUUGCCAUUAACUUGAAAUAUGGGUAAACAUUUGUUGUAAUCUUUCCCUUCAAAAUCGACAAGAGGCAAGAAAAAAUAAAACUGCACCUUUUUGACCAAUAUAUGGAUAUUACCCAUUGCAAAGAUGUUCUCUAAAGUAUUAUGUUUCAAUUUGGGUUUAAUGCGUUGCAUCAUUGUUCUAAAUAAAGUCAUCUGAGUAUUGUGUCA